AGCGAGAUAUUGUCUCCGUAGGGAGCGGCGAUUUGUUUCUCUUCGUCAGCCGACGCGCUCGGGAGCAGGGGGGAAAUGGCGGCUGCUCCCGACGUCGCGCGGAGCCGGUUCGUGGUGGUGGGCGGAGGAAUCGCAGGGGUUACCUGCGCGGAGAAGCUGGCCAUGGAUUUCCCAUCAGAAGACAUUUUUUUAAUAACAGCUUCCCCAGUUAUAAAAGCUGUAACAAACUUCAAACAGGUCUCCAAAACACUUGAGGAAUUUGAUGUUGAAGAGCAACCAAGUUCUCUAUUAGAAAAGCGAUAUCCCAAUAUUAAAGUUAUACAGUCUGGAGUAAAACACUUGAAAAGUGCUGAACAUAAAGUUCUCACUGAAGAUGGGAAAGAAUAUAUAUAUGACAAACUUUGCCUGUGUGCUGGAGCAAAGCCAAAAUUAAUUUUGGAAGGGAAUCCUUAUGUAUUAGGAAUCCGGGAUACUGACAGCGCAGAGGCUUUUCAGAAGAAUUUGGCUCAAGCUGAGAGAAUAGUAGUGGUAGGAAAUGGUGGGAUUGCACUCGAGUUGGUGUAUGAAAUUCAAGGCUGUGAAGUAAUCUGGGCUAUCAAAGACAAAGCCAUUGGGAACACCUUUUUUGAUGCAGGAGCAGCUGAAUUUCUCAUUCCAAAGCUAACUGCUGAAAACCAAGAGACUCCAAUUGAGUGCAAAAGAACCAAGUAUACAAUGGAAGGAAGUGAUGAAAAAGAAAGACCUAUAGCAGCAUCUGACAAACCAGGCAGUGCCUUAGGCCCUGAUUGGCAUGAAGGCUUAGCUCUUAAAGGAACUAAAGAGUUUUCUCAUAAAGUACAUAUUGAAAUACUGUGUGAAGUAAAGAAAAUACACCUGCAGCAAGAAUUUCUACUACUGCAGCAAACUUCUUUGGCUUUUCCUAAGGAAGGACAAAAAGCAGAACCAGAUGAGGUUCUGUGGCCUGUAUAUGUGGAAUUAACUAAUGGCAACAUUUAUGGAUGCAAUUUCAUUGUCAGUGCAACUGGAGUCGUGCCAAAUGUUAAACCAUUUCUUGAUGGCAAUGAUUUUGAUGUAGGUGAAGAUGGAGGUCUGAAGGUGGAUAAACACAUGCACACAUCCGUGCCAGAUACAUACGCGGCUGGAGAUAUCUGCACAGCAUCGUGGGAACCUAGUCCGGUGUGGCAUCAGAUGAGACUGUGGACUCAAGCCAGGCAGAUGGGAUGGUAUGCAGCAAAAUGCAUGGCUGCAGAUACUUUAGGGGAAUCUAUUGAUAUGGAUUUCUGCUUUGAACUGUUUGCUCAUGUUACAAAGUUUUUCAAUUACAAGGUGGUGGUUUUGGGAAAAUACAAUGCUCAAGGCUUGGGUUUAGACCAUGAACUGAUGCUGAGGUGUACCAAAGGACAAGAGUAUGUUAAAGUGGUGAUGCAGAAUGGCAGAAUGAUGGGAGCUGUGCUGAUAGGUGAAACAGACUUGGAAGAAACCUUUGAAAACCUAAUUUUAAAUCAGAUGGACCUUUCAGCCUAUGGUGAAAAUCUCCUCAAUCCAGAUAUUGAUAUAGAAGAUUAUUUUGAUUGAACAAAACCCCAUUGCCCUUUUGUGUAGUGUUUUGACAAAGAAUGUCUUAUAAAACCCUUUCCUCAAGAUUACCAGAAAUGAGAGAUAAAUGCAUUUCCUUAAGAUCUUGUGUUGAUCUUGUCAAGAUACUGGCUGGCAAACUUGGUGUAGAAAUGCACCAACAAAAACAAGUGGUUGAGUGUUGGCAAAGAGGUUUCAUCUACAUUAGAUGAGUCUGUGAGAACAGAGCUGCAAAAGUCUUAAAAAGUGGCCUUCACAGUGCUGUUAAGACAGGACUGCAGCCACCUGAAUGGGAGGCAGCCUUCACUCUUUAAAAAAAGUAAAUACAUGUUAAACCCUGUGUCAGCAUCAUAGCUCACUUCUUCCCCAAACCAUGCAGAAUUCACCUGCCAUGGUUAGUAAAACCCUGU